AUGGCAGUGGCUGAAAGAAUGGACUGGAUGCUUGAACAGGUUGAAAAUAACCUUGGAGAAAAUUCAUCUAAUGUUUCCAAAAUCAUAGAUCAUGUGGAACUCAAUGGAACCGAUGGUCUUUCAAUUUCAAGUUGUAACUCUCUUCAGGAAGAGGCUGUAAUACAGCACAGUGAAAGUUCAGAAGUCAACGAGGAAUGUGAUGAUGGAGAAAGUGACAAUUUAUCGGCAUCGGUGGAUAUGAGUUCAGAAGACGAAGAAGAAAUCAACAUUCGAGAGCUUGAUUCAAGAGCAACUUACGUUGUUGAUGCCGAUGUUACUUCACUGGUUCCUACUGAUGAAACAUGCGAACAAUGGGUUGAUGACAUUUUGUUCGGCGAAUUGGAAGUCGUUGGUAGAGAGAUGGUGUCGAGAGCAACAUACAUUAUUGAACCAGAUGAUUCAACCUUCUUUGAGCCUGUUUUUGAAGAAAAACCAGAAACUCCAAUAGAAGACAUGAUAAACGAAAUUCUUGAAAACACACAAAAUUUGAUGAAAGAGGAAAAAACAAAAGAAAAGAACUCUAAAACAACAAACUCAUGUUCAAAGGAAGAUCCUGAAGACAUCGAUAAAUUCAUACAGGAUUUUCUUUCUGAAUCAACUCCGGUAUAAACGACAGGACAUAAAUAUGAGCAUCCUGUCCUCAAUACACUCGGCAACCAAGGACAGGGUGAUUUGGCAGCAAGUUAUCAAGAUGUUUAAUUUAAAUUGAUCGGAAAAUGAUUUUAUGUAGGAUAAACACAACGAGACAACUGUAGCUUAACGGUGUAACCAUAUUGUGAUAUAUUUAGUAUUUGAGAUUUAUCUCGUUGUCCAACGUAAUUUAGCCUUGUUUAUGUAUUAUUAGUAUUUUGUAUGCAAGAUUUCUUACUGGUAAUUCUUAAGUAACCACUGACUUGCUAAGAGCAACGAUUUGAUUCAUUCAAUACUAUAAGAAAUAGCUAGAUAGCAUUUUUGGAAAAGUACUUUUCUCCUAAUUUAGUAUUUCGGCCAAGAAUUUUGUUAAACGGUGUUCCAGGGUUUUUAAUUGCUGUCU